AGUGAAUCUACAUAAUGUAGAACAAACAAAGUUCAAAAAGAUAAAGAACGCUGCCCAACUCAUUUUUGCUGAAGAACAAAGUACAUAAACAAGAAGAUAAUGCCAGUGACCAUCUUAGGUUCGAAGCAGCGCGUGGUGGAUCUCCCCGGCCAGCUUUCGAUUGACGAGUUCGCGGGGAACGUGGCAACAAAGGAUGAUCGAAUUUCCAUUGCUUCGGUGGCAGCCAAGGCUGGCACCGCGGAGCCUUGGUUGACGUUGCUGUAUGAUGAAUGGAUUUGCGUCCUCAAAGGAGAGAUUGUCUUUACCUUUAGUCCAGAGGGUGGUGGACCAGAAGGAGAUGUUGUUCGCUGCCCGGCCGGCAGCACGGCGUUCAUCUCGAAGAGUACGCGUUUUCAGCCACAGUUUCCCGUCGAUACGGAGUACAUUCCGGUCUGCCUGCCAGCGUUUCGACCGGACAGGUGUCUGCGAGAAGACAGCAGCGCAGAGAACGAAAAAGUGUCCGCCAGGUUGGCGGAACUGCACGAUGCUGCUCCUGCUGACAGUAAAGCGAACAGUUGUCAACCAACGGAUAGUACCGCGCCGCCCGACAUCUUGUAUCACAUGACGGAAGUGAAGCUGUGGCAGGCGUCGAAAGCGAAAAAAGAAGCGUACUUCCCACCAACUUUUGAGGCGGACGGUUUCUACACGCACGCAACCGCAGUGCCCGCCCGGCUGCUCGAAACGGCUAACCACUUUUACCAGGACAGCACGGACGACUGGGUCUGCCUGCAAUUCAGCCGGGCAAAGCUGCGGAAGGAGUUCGGCGUCAUUACGAAAGACGAACCGCCAAUGCCCGUCGGGGAAAAGAAAGUAUGAUCUGCAAAUAGGAAAUAUAAAUGUUUCCAUUUGUCGACCAACCGUAAAGAUCUAAUUGACGGUGAGAGUCUUAUAUGACUGCGCAUGCACAAGAAAAACGUAGGAGCGUGACGAUCGGUUUCUGUGCUGGCAUAAAAAAGAAAAACCACAAAAAUUCUUCAGGUGGCCGAAGACUGGCAGAGUUCUCAAUGGGUGUGUCCGCAUGUGUACGGUGGGAUCCCUGUUGCGGCUGUCGAGAAGGAGUUCAGAAUGCUACGCGACGAUGCGAAAAAGAAAUUUUUGGGAAUAGAGGGACUCGUUUGAUCAGCACACUGUCACUGGAACUCGUCUGAUGUUACCGAACUCGCAUACAACAAGAACGAAUUCAGAUUUUUUCCACUAGCCUGCUGCAAUUAUUCCCCGGCCCUGGGAUUUUGCACGUAGUCUGGAUACUAAUGGACCGAGUCCAAUUCGUUUGUGUUUUCGAAGGUGAUGGCGUUUUUCAUUGCCUCUGAAUACGCACACUUGCGAUAAAAGAAAAAGGCCGUAGACCUACUGUGUGAUUUUUUGGCACCACGGGCUUUCAUGUGCCAAGUGGUCAGCCGAGAAGACGC